UCAUUUUAUUGUCAAAUGUCAAAAAUUCACUUUGUAGGUUAUAAAACAUAAAAAUAAUCAGAAUUCAGAACAGAAUUUUAAUUUAAGUUGAAGCGAUGGCUUUAAAUAGGCUAUUUGCUAGUUUAACUUUAAGUGCAGCGCCGAGUGUUAUUGGUAGAAAAACAGUACAAGUAACCGCAGUUCGAUAUGCUAGUAUGCCGAAGCCUGUAAAGCCCAAACCUGGAUUUGGAAUAAGCUAUCGAAGAACAGUUCAUUUCCCAGAAGAAUAUACUGUAAAACCUUUGGAAGUUACCAAUCUAGCUGGACGAGAUCCUGUUUCAGGGAGACUCGUAGCCAAAGGUAUUGGUGGAGGAAUCAAGCACAAGUAUCAUUGGAUUGCGUGGGUCAGAGAUGGGCCAACAGAAGGCCCACCACAGGAAGAAAAAGUUAUUCAGGUAUUAGAAUGUGGUUGUAGAACAGCCCACGUGGCACUGGUGGCGGUGGGUGACAAGCUGAAAUACAUACUCGCUACUGAGAACAUGAAGGCUGGUGAUAUCAUUAAAACUUCCAGACAUCUGCCUCGAAUACCUGUUAGAGCAAAUGAAGGAGAUGCUUAUGUUUUGGGAGCUUUGCCACUGGGUACAAUAGUUCACUGUAUUGAAAAAGAACCAGGCACAGGUGGUCUAUACAUCCACGCGGCAGGCACGUACGGCACGAUACUGCGGCGGCAGAACGACCGCAUCGUGGUGCAGAUGCCUUCCAAGAGGCUCUUCAGCUUUGAUGAGCACUGCAUGGCAGUUGUUGGUCGUCUAUCAAACGUAGACCAUGGAGAUACACCCAUAGGUUCCCCUCAACGCAACAGAUGGCUCGGCAACAGGCCACGGUCUGGUCUUUGGAAAAGGAAGGACGGCAGACACGGCAGGAAGAUCCGACCUCCGAAACCGGUGAAAGAAAUUCACGCCCGAAAGAAGUCCCCACUGCCCGCGAUUGUUUUGAAUAUGACCCCUUAAUUAAUGUUUUCAGAUCGAGUAAAUUAUAAGUAUUGUAGUUUU